GCAGUCUGCUUUUUGUGGGCAAACAGCCCCCGUUCUUCCCACAUGGCCACCCAAACCUCUGCUGUUCUGCUGUGAGACAGAGAGCACCUCUAACGGUAUGGUUUUUUUAAUUUAUGUAUUGGUUCUGUGAAAAGAAGAAAAAGUCUGAAGGAAGGCAUUCAGAGAAUCACACCUUCGUCUACCCGUUCUUUGAAAUCAGACAUCUUUAAACUACAGCACGUUGUGGUGGAACCAGCAACGCUCUCCAGAUGCCCAAUCCAGCUGCCCACCUGCCUUUCUACUUUGGCAGCAUCUCCCGGGCGGAUGCUGAGGACUACCUGAAACUGGCAGGGAUGUCGGAUGGGCUGUUCUUGCUGCGGCAAUGCCUUCGCAAUCUUGGCGGCUACGUCCUCUCUGUGGUGCACAAACUCCAGUUUUACCAUUAUCCUAUCGAGCGUCAGAUGAACGGGACUUUUGCCAUCUCUGGAGGGAAAGCCCACUGUGGCCCCGAAGAACUCUGCGAAUUUUAUUCCAAGGAUCCGGAUGGGCUUUGCUGUCCUUUGCGGAAGCCUUGCAACCGUCCUGAUAGCCUGGAGCCCCAGCCGGGGAUUUUUGACAACAUUCGGGAGAAUAUGGUCCGCGAAUAUGUCCGGCAAACGUGGAACUUGGAGGGAGAAAAUCUUGAAGUAGCAAUCAUAAGCCAAGCACCCCAAGUGGAGAAGCUCCUGGCUACCACAGCUCAUGAAAAAAUGCCUUGGUACCAUGGGCCCAUCUCCCGGGAGCAAGCUGAGAGCCGGCUCUACUCAGGAGCACAGCCUGAUGGGAAAUUCCUGUUGAGACAAAAGAAAGAACAAGGAAGCUACGCCCUCUCCCUUGUAUACGGAAAGACUGUUUAUCACUAUCGGAUAGGACAAGGAAAAUCAGGGAAAUACUCUGUGGAAGAAGGAACCAAAUUUGAUACGCUGUGGCAGCUGGUUGAGUACCUCAAACUCAAACCUGAUGGCCUUAUCUAUUAUCUGAAGGAAAGCACCCCAAAUCCUGACAUGCAAUCAGCAGCUGCAACUCCAGUGCCACCAGCGCACCCAUCUACAUUGGCUGGUCGGAGAUUCACAGCUCAGAACUCAGAUGGAUACACACCAGAGCCGUUUGGAGCAGGGAAAAAGACUCGGAUCUUGCCCAUGGACACAACAUGUUAUGAAAGCCCAUACAGUGACCCCGAAGAGCUCAAGGACCGGAAGCUAUUCUUAAAAAGGAGCAGUCUGAUGAUCGAUGAAGUGGACCUGGGAGAGGGCAACUUUGGGUGUGUCAAGAAAGGAGUUUACAAAAUGAGGAAGAAGCAGAUUGAUGUAGCCAUCAAAAUCCUAAAAGAGGGCAACGGAGUGGUACAGCAGGACGAAAUGAUGAAGGAAGCCCAGAUUAUGCACCACCUUGACAAUCCUUACAUCGUCCGCCUUAUUGGAGUGUGUCAUGCGGAAUCCCUCAUGCUGGUGAUGGAGAUGGCAUCAGGUGGCCCCCUGCACAAGUUCUUGUCUUCCAAGAAGGAUGAAGUUCCUGUGAAUAACGUGGUCGAACUGAUGCAUCAGGUGUCCAUUGGAAUGAAGUAUCUGGAAGAAAAGAAUUUCGUCCACAGGGACUUGGCUGCCCGAAAUGUGUUGCUUGUCAACCAGCAUUAUGCCAAGAUCAGCGAUUUUGGGCUUUCCAAAGCUUUGGCAGCUGAUGACAGUUAUUACUUGGCCAAGACCACUGGGAAGUGGCCAUUGAAGUGGUAUGCGCCAGAAUGCAUCCUGUUUCGGAAGUUUUCAAGCAAGAGUGAUGUCUGGAGUUAUGGGGUGACUAUGUGGGAGGCCUUUUCUUAUGGUCAGAAACCCUACAAGAGAAUGAAAGGACCCGAAGUCGUUAAAUUCCUUGAGGAAGGGAACCGUAUGGACUGUCCGUCCAGCUGUCCAGCAGAGAUGUACAAGUUGAUGAAUCUAUGUUGGACUUUCAAAGUGGAAAACCGCCCAAACUUUGCUGCGGUGGAGACACUGAUCCGCACGUAUUACUACAGCAUUGUUGACAAGAAGGAAGAGAAGUUGUAGGGAAAAAAAAUGUGAUGGACUCAUGAAAAUGGUUGGAAGGCACAUGUGCCCAUCGCCUCUGGCCAGCUUCAGCAUUUCUGAAGGGAUGAUCUGCUGCAGAACUCCAUUUUGUUUUUCAUUCAUUCAAAGAAUCUCCUUCUCUCUCCCUUUUUACUUCGGACAGCAGGAUACUCAUGACUGUUUAUGCUCUGUGUGUGUGUGUGUGUGUGUGUGUGUGUGUGUGUGUGUGUGUCAGGGAUGGUAGUUACUUACCUACCAGUUCGCAAAUGUGAGCUCGCAUGUGCCUUUUUUUGCUAAAAAGGGCCUUAAAUGGGAUGCCGUAGAGCCGGGACGGCUGGGUGUGGCCACCCGCGAUUUUCACUACCGGUUCGGGUGAAUUGGUCCAAACUGGUAGAAUACCACCUCUGAUAUAUAUUGAACAAAUCAUAGGGCACGCUCACCAAGGAAAUGUCUUGGGUGCAAAGUUUACCUUCCAGCUUUUCUUAUCUGUUAAUGAGACUGUGGGGAUUAGAAUGUUGUGAGAGCUCCCUUGGGUAAGGAAAGGAGUUUUAAUUUGGGGCCAUUUGUGUUUUAUGCUUGUUUUUUGUUGUUGUUUUUCCUAUCUAUUUGUUGGAUUGUUCUUCCUUAUUUCGGAUGGGAAUGUACAAAAAUGGGAAUUGUAUAUGCUGCACGGGGUCAUUUCGAUUGGACUGGCUGAUCAGCACUGUAAAAUAAAU